GGCUCAUCAUCGUGAUGUUGUUGAUGUCACACAUUUCUUUCGGACGGGUGGGCGCCUUGCUAACAAACUUCCCAAAAUGGAGAAUUUUCUAACAUCACAACAAGUUUAAUGGCGUCGUCUGUAAAACAAAACGCAUCCAGUGAUGUCAAAAAUAGAUUUGCGACAAAGGAAGGGGUCUAUACCUUGAUGAACCUGUCGGAAUAUUGUAGACCAAAUAGGUUGCCUUAUACUGUUCAACAUCCUUUUCCAGUUCGCAUGUCGUUUGUGACUUUGAAAGAAAAAGAUUGUACUACAGAAAGAAUUGCUUUCAAUGUCGGAAAAGAAUUAUAUGUUUAUGUGUACAAGGGCGUCAAAAAGGCUGCAGAUUUGAACAAACCACUUGAUAAGCGUGGAUACAAGGGGACAUUUCCAACUUGUCAUGACUUCAAUUUACCAACAAGAAGUGUAGAUUUUCUUGAGCUAAUAAUUGGCUUUUCUGCUGGACAGAUUCAACUUAUUGAUCCAAUUGGUCAUGAACUAAACAAGCUUUACAAUGAAGAGAGACAAGUUGACAAAUCUUCAGUCAAAUGUAUUAAGUGGAUCCCUGGAUCAGAAAACUUGUUUUUGGCUGCAUAUGACAGUGGUAAUAUGUAUGUUUACAACAAAGAAAAUCCUCCAUGUCUUGAUUCACCUACAUUUACAUUACUGAAGCAAGGACCUGGAUUUCAGAUUUUUGGUAAUAAAACAAAGACACAGGGAAAUCCAGUGUGCAAGUGGUCAAUUGGCAAAGGAAGUAUUAACGAAUUUGCUUUCUCACCAGACUGUAAGCAUUUAGCAAUAGUCAGCCAAGAUGGCUAUUUAAGAAUCUUUGACUUUGAUGGUCAGUCAUUAAAUGGGAUCAUGAGGAGCUAUUUUGGUGGUUUGUUGUGCAUAUGUUGGAGUCCUGAUGGCAAGUACAUUGUCACUGGUGGAGAAGAUGAUCUCAUAACAGUAUUCUCAUUUUAUGAAAAUCGUGUUAUAGCAAGAGGCAUUGGACAUCAGUCUUGGGUUGGUAUGGUCAGGUUUGACCCAUACCUCACAAGCAUCAGUGGUGGGGGUAGGUUAGACAGCAAUAAGGGUAAAGGGACAGAGGGGGAUAUCAGAAAGUCAACCUGCAGUGAGAGACAUAGUGCAAUAGACAUUGAUCGACCAAAUGCAUCAUAUCGACUUGGGUCAGUAGGCCAAGAUACAAUGCUUCUAUUAUGGGACAUAACUGAAGAUGUCCUCAGGCCAAUCAAACCAAGGGCUCGUAGUUUACGAGCACAAGCCUCUUUAACAGGCAACAAUAUCUCAAAUGGACCUUCUAAAGAAGCUAACCACAUACAGAGCUAUAUCACAACUCAUAAUUUGAGUUCUUCUGUGGAGGAGUUACUGAAUUUGGAUGAUAAGUCAUUUGGUUCUGUAAUAUGUCCAGUGUUUGAUGAUGUUCCACAAUUGGAGCCACUUGUUGCUAAGAAAAUUUCAAUGGAAAGACUUUGUGGCUUAGAGUUUCGUGAAGACUGUUUGAUUAUUGCUUGCCAAGAAGGCUACAUUAGUACAUGGGCAAGACCUGGAAAAUCAGUACCUCCCGGGACAGUGGUGUGAUAUAAGAGCAAAACUUUUAUAGUUGUUUGGAAAAUAUCCAUUUCAUACAUGUAAUUGUGGAACAAGAAUAUAUGAAUUUAGUAAAUUUUCAUUUUGCUCGAAGUAUGUCACAUUUUGUGUUGCAUCUGAGCUCCCAAACAAGAGAGCAAGAUUGAGUGUGAGAGCAAAAGUUAAGAGUUCAAGAAAAAACGUGAACAAAGAGAAUGUACUUAUUUAUAUAUAAUAGUAAAGAUUUUCUGUAAAUUGGUUCAUUUAAACAACAUUUCCGCUAUUCCCACCUUUUA